AUGGUUCAUGAAGAACUUCUUAGCAACAACCAAUCAGAAUAUGGUGACCGAUGUCGUGGUACAGGAUUCGAUACACCCGUCGUCCUUGCAUCAAGUGGUGAAGAUUUAACUUCUGCCAAAAGUAGUGACAAGAAAAACGAAGCCAAUGCCUUGUCGUCGCAAAGGACAAAACAUGAACGAAGUUUAAAGAACACAUUCGGUUGGGCUCGAGUCGACGUAAUAGUUACCACAAUGGUGUGCGUCUUUUUGGCGUCUUUGUGCUUUUCUUUGCUGGUAGAAGCUGUGCAGACUUUGAUUCAUAUCGACCAUCAGGAUCCAAUGCAUCAUCCUAUACCAGUGCUGUGCGUAGGAGGAGCUGGACUGGUUGUAAAUGGGUUGUGCUAUCUGCUAAUUGGAGGUUACACUUUCCACCAAGGCAGCUACCUCCAAAUGACGCCAACCGGCGAUGUGGUACUAGACAGAGCAAUCUCCGGCGACAGACGUGGUAAAAAAUCCAACGAAAAGCAAAAUCAACAAAAAUCUGACGAAGACGAAAACAAGGAAUCGAAACGAGAAGACAACACAUCCGGAAAAAUCGAUCGAGAAGUCGAAGCCAUUGUUUCGAAAAGCGGAAAAAUUAAAGACGUCUUCUUGCCCAGGAGACAAGGCGGUCGGGAAAUCGCCAGAGACGUCAUGAGUUCUGUUUUUGUCAUCAUUUGUUCCCUGUUUGUGUACUGGACUGACCCAGAUGUUGCCAAGUAUGUGGAUCCGGUGAUUUCUAUUAUUUCUUGCCUGUGUUUGCUCUGGCUGAGUUAUCCUUACAUGAAGGAAUCGAGUCUAAUUCUGCUCCAGACAAUACCAGCGAGUAUAGACAUUGACACGUUGAAGGCGAAUCUUUUAGAAGCCUUUCCUGAUAUUGUCAACGUGCACGAAUUGCACAUUUGGCAGCUGACAGCCAACAAAAUAGUUUCCACGGCCCAUAUCGUCUUCCAAAAUCCGGAGGAUUAUGGUAGGAUAACAAAUGAAAUAGCAGACUUUUUCACAGAGCAAGGCAUAACACAGGCGACGAUACAACCCGAGUUCAGCACCUCGCAAAAAAGUUGCAUCAGGAUCGGAGAAUGGACAAGAACCAAUAGUUCGAACAAUUAUUUCGUGCGCAUGGGAACAGACCGAAUUUGUAACAAUAGAAAUGCCUGUCUGAUGCGUUGUCCAGGAUCUGAGAGGUGCAGGGCGAACAAUUGUUGCGGAACCAGCCAACACGACAGCCAUAGGGGUUCAAGGGCCGAUAUUACUGGUCCUUAUAAACGAGGGUCUUCCAGUUUGGUAUCAAUCAAGGUAGACGACAAGCAAGACCACGACAAACACAAAGAAGUACAAAUAAACGUCCUGAAUCUAAAACAAAAAUACGAUUUACAACAUCCCGAUCACAUAUUCCAACAAAUAUCAAAAAGUACCGAAAAUAUCAUAACAUCGACAGGAGCAAAAUCAGGAGCAACGUCGAAAAACAAACUGCCAUCCGACGAGGAGAAAUUAAUAUCGAACCAGUAUUCGAAAUCGAUGAUAGACGUGCACAGCUUCAGGGCGGACGUGAAAAAUAUUUUGAAAAAAAACGACAUGGGGAAAAGAUCUGCCGAAAGUGACAUCAAUGACACGACAGAUGUCACGGGUCACGUGACAGAUGUCAAAAGAGACGCGACAGAUGUCACGGGUCACGUGACAGAUGUUAAAGGUCACGCGGUAAAUGUCACAGAUCACGUGACAGGUGUCAAAAGUGACGCGGCGAAUGUCACAGGUCACGUGACAGACGUCACAGGUCACGCGACAUAUGUCACAGGUCACGCGGGAAAUGUCACGGGUCACGUGACAGAUGUCAAAAGCCACGUGACAGAUGUCAAAAGUGACGCGACAGAUGUCACAGGUCACGUGAUAGAUGUCAAAAGUGACGUGAUAGAUGUCAAAAGUGACGCGACAGAUGUCACAGGUCACGUGACAGAUUUCAAAAGUGAUGCGACGGAUGUCAAGGGUCACGUGACACAAGUCAAAAGUGACAAAGAACAGGAAAUGCAACGAUCAUAGUAUUUAGAAAAUAUUUUUAGAUUUAUCUGUAUGCUUAUAUAGUUUAUUUUAAAUAAUACAGGCCC